CCAGUUCCUGCAGCCAUGGGCGACACCACGCCAGUGACCAUGCAGAACAUGCGCGACCUCAUGGCCGAAUUCAUGGGCACAAUACAGACCCGCGUGGCAGAGGAGGUGACUAAGCAGAUCGCCCCGAUAUCAGAGACGAUCAACAAGCAGAACGCAGAGCUCGUCGACAAAAUGAACGAGCAGCGGCAGACCAUCAGGGAGCUAGAUCAGAGGAUGCGCGCCUGCGAGAACUCCGAUGGCAGAUCCACUGCCGCAUCAUCGAGAACGGUUUCUUCGGACGGGUCGAAAGCUAGGAGGCUGGGCGAUGCGAGCUCGGCAGGUGGACCAACUCCCCCAUCGGAUGCCAGAAAGGUGUGGAUAGGUACCUGGCCCAGGCCAGUGCUGGACAAAAUUCGGCGUGCACACUUCGAGCAGAUCAAGCAGAACUUCCCGAUCACCCAGCAUGCUGAGGGUGAGUUCCAUCGCGUGUCGCAGUCCUACUCGAUCAUCUUCCCGACGACCGAGAAGGCAAAGGAGUUCCGCUUGCAGAUUGCAGCCACCACGAUGACGUGGGUGGACCCGCGUAACGGCAGGCAGUUCCCUCUUCGAGCUCGUGGCGACCUUCCCGCGGAUGCACGUGACAUGCAGCGGAAGUUGUCGAAGCUUUACACUCCCAUGCGCGAGUUCGCGCUGAAGUCCACGAAGUGGUCGGACGCCUGCCGCCUCGGCGUCAACGGCUUCAAGGGCUCCCUCUUCAUCACCAACGGCGACGACAUCUGGGCGCUGAUCACGGCCAACCAGAUCUCGUACGACAAGUACCACUUCGUGCCCGUGGGCGACGAGCUCGCUGACUGGGGCAUCUCCAUCCAGCAGGCCAACGAGCUCAGCCUUGACCCGCCGACGGCUAUUCUCGAGGUGAAGAGCCUCAUGCAUGCUGCCGCCAGGGAGAUGGCUGAGUUGCUUGCCGAGUACUGGGGAAAGAUAUUCUCCAACUCCCAGCACCCAGAUGCGCACGCGUCGCCGUUGCUGGAGUGCCUCUCGCCUGUGCACAGUAAUGGGGGCCAAUUUGUCAGCAGCACCCACACGUACCACAAUUGGAUUUUGAGUAAAGGCGAAUUUGUUGACAUGGCCCAGCGUAAAAAAGACUCGGCCCCUGGCCCUGACGGCAUCCGAUAUUCCGGGUGGAAAGCUAUCGGUUCCCUGGGAUACGAUUUAUUGUACAACCUCUACGACAGCGGCGCCACGCUUUUCGACUUUAAGCAGGCGUUCCCAUCGGUUUUCCACGACUGGAUCGCUGCCGUGCUUGAUAAGUUAGGUAUCCCGACUUGCAUCCGCUUCGCGAUUCACUCCCUGUACGACCAGAAUUGGACCAUGGUUCCGUUUCCUGGGGCUUCCGCUUGUGGCUUUUGGGUCUCCAGGGGAAUGAAGCAAGGUUGUCCGAUGAGCGGGGUCCUCUUUGCCACCAUCCUCCAUCCCGUUCUCGUCAAAGUCAAGAGAUUCCAGCAGUCUUACGAAUUCAUCCUGCCGUGCUUUGCAGAUGGCAUAGCGCUCGUGGCCAGGAACCUACUUGCCGUCUUGCCCCUGGUCGUCCGUGAGCUCGUGACCUCAGGGCAGUGGGCGGGCCUCGUAUUGAACCUUGGUAAGUGCCACAUUAUGAUGCUGCAUGUCAAUGACAGAAAGUCCCCGGUCCAGAUGUUCAGGGAUAACACCCCCAGGAUGAAUGUUAACAAGUUUUCGUUUGGAUCCAGUGGCCUCUACCUUGGUGCGAUCGUGGGCCCAGAUGGGCACCUUAAGAGCUGGUACGCGCCUGCUCAGAAGUUGUUCGACAGAUGCACGUGCAUCAAGGGCCUGAAGCUGGGGCUGAACCUCUCCCUCUCCGCGUACAACACCUUCGCUCUUCCUGUCCUCUCCCACGUCGCCCAGUGCUACGAGCCCAGCAAGCUCGUUCAUGUCGAGGCCCGCGAGGGCCUGCAGCGGCUGACCAACGCCCCUCGCUACGCCUUCUCCCCGCUCGCCCUGCACCACAUGAAAAAGAUCGGUCUCGAGUGCGAGGCCCAAGAAGUUCGAGUCGCCGCUCCUGCCGCUCUGCUGCGUGCCGCCACCCGUUCUGAUGCCUUCUGGAGAAUGAAAGACUGGCUCGCGGAGAUCAAAGAAGACGAUGACCAGUGCAUCGCCAGAGUUAUCUCGUUCCCCUCGUCCAACUCCAUCGUU